AUAAACCUUAAAAAAAAAAGAAAAAAGAAAAGGCCACAUAGAGAGCCCCGAGAACAUAUACAUACAUAAAGAGUGACAAGGCCACAUAGAGACCCCCGAGAAUAUAUACAUACAUAAAGAGUGACGGAGAGAUGGCUCAGCCGUUGGAGCACUGGCUUCCCCGGAGUUUGAGUGCCAGCAUCCACAUGGCACUCCAAAACCAUCUCUUAACUUCAGUUCUAGGAGAUGAGAUGCCAUUUUCUUGCCUACAAAGGCACCAGGCAUGUGCACUGGUGCACAGACAUACAUGCAGGCAAAACCCACACACAUAAACUUUACAAAUUAGCUUUAAUGGAGCUGCCUUAUAACACGGGCACAGUAUCCCAACUAGACACCACUGGCUAGCAAAUAGAACCUCGUCCCAGGGGUGGUUCCCUCUUUGUAGGUUAUUGAUCAAUAAGAUCCCAAAGACAGCACUUGGGAGGCAGAGGCAGGUAGAUUUAGGACAGCCAGAGCUACAUAGAGAGACCUUGUAUCAAAAAACAAAACAAACCCCCCCCACAGACCUUCCCUCCAGGCCAUUACAGGCCAUUGCCAAUACUCUUGGCUACCCUCCAGGACUGACUAAGACCCUGUUGCUGAAGAUACCAUAUGCUGGACUCAGAACAUGGAGAAACCAAGCUGUUGACUCACUUGGAAUCUUCACCCUGCCACCCGGAUGUCAGAAUGUAUGGCAAAGCCUGUUGAAAUGGCAGCUGCCCGGGAGACCGUGGAGGUCCUGGCUCCAAGGACUCAGGCAGGAAGAGCAGUGACGGGUGUCUAAUUCUGAGGGUGAAGCAGUCAUUUUCCAGACAGCAAGACAAAGACACGGGUGAACUGUCAAUAACGAGAUAACAGAUUAUAAAGGUGACUCGGAGGGCCUAGAGGGAACAUGUUUGGGUACAAAUGCAAACAGGACUCAAAAUUCUAGUCUGAUGAAUCAAACUUCAUAAAACAUUAUGAAGGAUUAGCUGGGCUUGGUUUCUAUAAGCCUGGCACUCUGGAGGCUGAGGCAAGAGGGUCAUUGUGAAUUUGAGCACCAGUCUGGACUACACAGUAAGAUCUUGUUGCAGAAAUAUAAAAUAAGCCUCGGCAAGGUGGCUUAAUCCCAGCUGUAAUCCCAGCUCUUGGGAGGUGGAGGCAGGAGACCCAGGAUCUAAAACCACAUCUGCUACAUAUCAACUCAAGGCCAGCUUGGGCUACCUGAGACCUUGUCUCAGAAAAAAAAAAAAAAAAAUUAAACCAUGAAAUGACUGAAUCUGGCUGGGGGAGUAAGGUGUGCCAGAGCUUUGCACACACGGGUCCUGGCUCCUACUCUGGCACUAUGUGCGUGAACACACAGAACUUAGUGGGACCACAGGAAUGAAAAGCCUAAAGCUACGGACCGGACUUGUAUCUGGAAUUCAGAAAUCUCACAUUGACAGGUGAUCUGACAGAAACCUGCAAGAGGCUAAAACACAGAUGUGCCAAAACCUCUGGGUCUUGUGUUUGGACAGUUUUGGGGUGCUCAGCCUAACCAGAGAUCUAGAAAACACAGAACAGCAGCACAGCCAUACAUCAGUAGGCGACACAGAGGCAGGCUAGGGAAGACACACUGCCGUGUGGACCCUCAAGUCUUGCCCCCCCAGAAACGCCCACAUCCCUUCAGGCCGCAUGGUGAGUAGUCCUGGAGGGAGGCUGAGGCUCCAGCUAGGAGGGCUGCGUCUCACUUGGAUGACGUCUGAAGGAGCAGGCCCAGUGUGCUCUGCAUCUGUUGCCACAUUCAGGGCUAGACACGGGCCCAGGUCCCAUGGGCUUCAAGCACGGCCCCUGUAGGGAAAACUGGACAGAAGAGCGGGGCUGUUGGGGAGCAGGGAACUCUUCAGGUGUUGUUACUGUGCUGUGUGGCUGCAGGAGGCUGACUUGGGUCUAACCGAGCUGUCAAAAGCCCGCUAAGGCUUCCACACCACAUCAAGCGGUGCUUGCAGUGGACAGGAAGAGAUCCUGGCCUGGAGUAAAGUGGGGACCCACAGGGACUCCUGGCCACUGCUGCCUGGCUCCUUUUCCCAACAGAGCCUGAGGCUGGCCACUGGCCCCGCAGCCCUGCUGAGGUCGCACUUUUACUGUGUAAACUGCUCUGUGGCUCUGGGCGGAGCCUCCCCCCUGCCGAUCUAUAAUUUCUCAGAAAAAAAAAAAAAAAAAAAAAAAGGCCGAGGAAUAACCUGGAAAAUGCCCCAGAGAUGGGGCAGCACAGUGGAAGCCAGGCCCCCUGGCCCUCCCAGACCAGUCUACUUCCUCUCUCUGCUUAGAGAUAGGUCCCGAUAGCCCACAACCUCCCCGAGAAGCUGCCCCUCCUGAACCCCAGCACUGCCUUUCCUGGCCCCUCCCGUGUGCAUUCCCACCACCCCAGGCAGGGCAAAGGGACAGAGCUCAAGGCAGGCUUUGCUGAGCUCCGGCGUGUCUACCAGGUCACAGCUCUCAGGCCCUGGAGAAGGAAGCUGAGAUGUGGCUCCGGCAGGGAGGUCCGGCCCUGGUGGUGCUCCUGGCUUUCUGGGUGGCACUAGGCCCCUGUGACCUGCAGGGGACAGAUCCUGGAGCAUCGGAAGAUGCCGAGGGCCCCCAGUGUCCCGUCGCCUGUACCUGCAGCUAUGACGACUACACAGAUGAGCUCAGCGUCUUCUGCAGUUCCAGAAACCUCACACAGCUGCCUGAGGGCAUCCCAGUCGGCACCAGGGUCCUGUGGCUGGACGGCAAUAACUUCUCCUCCAUUCCCUCAGCGGCUUUCCAAAACCUGUCCAGCCUGGACUUCCUCAACCUGCAGGGCAGCUGGCUGAGCAGCCUGGAGCCCCAGGCCCUGCUGGGCCUGAAGAACCUCUACCACUUGCACCUGGAGCGGAACCUGCUCCGCGGCCUGCCUGCUGGCUUGUUCACGCACACACCCAGGCUGGCUUCACUCAGCCUGGCCAACAACCUCCUGGGCCGGCUGGAAGAGGGGCUGUUCCAGGGCCUCGGUCACCUCUGGGCCCUCAACCUGGGUUGGAACAGCCUAGUGGUACUGCCGGACACGGUGUUCCAGGGCCUGGGCAACCUCCGGGAGCUGGUGCUGGCCGGCAACAAACUGGCUUACCUGCAGCCUUCGCUCUUCUGCGGCUUGGGUGAGCUGCGCGAGCUGGAUCUGAGCAGGAAUGCGCUGCGCAGCAUCAAGGCCAACGUCUUCAUACACCUGCCCAGGCUGCAGAAGCUGUACCUGGGCCACAACUCGGUCACAGCUGUGGCCCCUGGUGCCUUCCUGGGCAUGAAGGCAUUGCGCUGGCUGGACCUAUCCCAUAACCGUGUGGCAGGGCUCCUGGAGGACACCUUCCCGGGCCUGCUGGGUCUGCACGUCCUGCGCUUGGCGCACAAUGCCAUCACUAGCUUGCGGCCGCGGACUUUCAAAGAUCUGCACUUCCUGGAGGAACUGCAGCUUGGUCACAAUCGCAUCCGGCAGCUGGGUGAGAAGACAUUUGAGGGCCUGGGGCAGCUAGAGGUGCUGACCCUCAAUGACAAUCACAUCCACGAGGUCAAGGUGGGUGCCUUCUUUGGCCUCUUCAAUAUGGCUGUUAUGAAUCUCUCUGGCAACUGUCUCAGGAGCCUCCCGGAGCGGGUGUUCCAGGGGCUGGGCAAGUUGCACAGUCUGCAUCUGGAGCACAGCUGCCUGGGCCGCAUCCGCCUGCACACUUUCGCCGGCCUUUCAGGGCUGCGCAGGCUCUUCCUCAGGGGCAACAGCAUCUCCAGCAUGGAAGAACAGAGCCUGGCAGGGCUCUCUGAGCUGCUGGAGCUCGACCUUACCGCCAACCAGCUCACGCAUCUGCCCCACCGGCUUUUCCAGGGCCUUGGCCAGCUCGAGUACCUGCUCCUCUCACAUAACCAGCUGUCGGUGCUGUCUCUGGAUGUCCUGAGACCCCUGCAGCGGGUCUUCUGGCUGGACGUCUCACACAACCGCCUGGAGACGCUGUCUGAAGGCCUUUUCUCACCACUGGGGCGGCUGCGCUACCUCAGCCUCAGGAAUAACUCUUUGCAGACCUUUUCGCCACAGCAUGGCCUGGAGCGCCUGUGGCUGGAUGACAACCCCUGGGACUGCCGCUGUCCCCUCAAGGCACUGCGUGACUUUGCCCUGCAGAGCCCCGGCAUCGUGCCCCGCUUUGUUCAGACUGUCUGUGAGGGCGAUGACUGCCAGCCGGUGUAUACCUUCAACAACAUCACCUGUGCCGGCCCUGCCAACGUCUCAGGCCUCGACCUACGAGACAUCGGCGAAACUCACUUUGCGCACUGCUGACCCUGGCCACUACUGGCCCGGGUUGGCCUAAUGCCGCCUUGUGGUCAGGACAGUCUCUCACUGUUACCAGAAUAAGCUGGCUCUCAAAGUCAGCGGGGGGAGGGAAAAUACCUGCCCAUCUCUAGGGGCCAGGCCUGGGCUGCUCACUUCCUGGAAGCAGAGCAGUACUGGCAGCUAUGCGGCCUAAAUUCAGAAAGGCUGGGCGCAGGCUGGGUGCCCGAGGGCCCGACCAGGAGGGAAGUGCUCAGCAGCGCUCCCUGCUGGCAACAAUUAAAUCAGCCUUGAGUGUGAACUUGG